CUUAAUUUAAAAACUUAACUUUCGAUAUCGCUUAACCCAGCCUACUGUGUGAAAGGAAAGUGAAAGCUGUGAGGGGACAGAGAGAAGAACACUCAUCGCGAAGUUGCUGCUCAUUGGCUUUGCAAGGCAGAACAGCAGCCUUCAUUAUUCUUCUGCUGCAGGAUGUCGGUGUCAUUCUUUGGCUGGGAGGUGACUUACGAUGAUGCCUCUCAUCGUGGGGAGCUGGGAGAGUCACAGGAGCCCAAAGACAAAGGUGUCUACACCAUGUACCAUGGCACCAGUGUUGCCGCCGCAAAAACAAUCAUUACCAGCGGCUUUCAGCAGUCAACAAAAGGCAUGCUGGGAAAGGGGGUGUACGUCAGUCGCAAUCAGAAAAAGGCUGAGCGUUACCCACUAAAUUCUAACCCAAAUGAUCGCGUGGUUCUGGAGCUGCGUGUGCAUGUUGGCCGUGUCAAGCGCAUCGACAAGGACAAUCAUCCCAUGCAGUACACCUGGAAUGCAAACGGCUACGAUACUGCCUGGGUGCCCCCGAAGUGCGGCAUGAUGUCUGUACCAAGCGGUCUUGAAGAGGACUGUGUGUUUGACCCCAGUAGAGUGGAGGUCACAGGCAUUGCUCGGGCAGCAGACGGCAACAUACAGACACAACUGCAACAGCUCAUAGCAAAAAACCCCAGACGACCCUGGAAAGGAAAGGGAGAUGCGCAUGGCAGUGGCAAUAGUGGUGUGUGUCCACUGUGCAAGAGAAAGAUCUUGCAGGGUCACACACACACCACACAGCAGUGCUGGGGUUGUGGACAAAACAUCUGCAUCCUGAUGACCAAGCACGUCUGUCCUGCCACCGCCUGAGAGGAUGCACAAGUGAGGACAUGUAGCUUUAAAGAGGGUGGGAUUAUAAAAGAGGAUGGAGAUUCAUGGCUUCAGUAGGUGUUAUAAGUAGGGUGGAGGGAAACAAAAAAAGGGGUUAGGUUGUACUACCUUGGAAACAGGACCCAUCAGGCCCAUCUUUUCCAUUUCAGACUUCCUUUCUCCUCCAGAUACAGUAGUAGCUGCAAGUGGUGCAAUCUGAUACAAGGGUUUAUUAUUGUACAGGAAUCUA